AUGGAAGCUGAAGAAGUUCUGAAGCUUUUUGAGUCGAAAUGGUUUGAGCAAAGAAUUUUUUCACGAAAGGAACCUUCCUCAACUCCUAUGAACAACCAAUUUCCGGAAGUUCAUGAACAACACAAAGAAGCAAAGCUUCUUCCAGCCACAACCCUGCACGCCCGGUCUCUAAGUGACAGGUUUCUGGGCUCAGGAACGAGUUUUAGCUCCGAUUCUCCAUCUUCAAACUCAGAAAUCAUUCUCAAACCAAAGCUCCAAGAGAUAGUCUCCGGGAAAGAAGUGGAAGCAAGUUACAGAACAGAAGCAGAGGAAGAAGUGGCCGAGAGGAGUUCCACGAAGACGAGGAACUAUAUGGCCAAAAGAGGCCCCAGUAAGAGCUUGUCUGAGCUCGAGUUAGAUGAGCUAAAAGGGUUUAUCGACUUGGGUUUCGUGUUCUCAGAAGAAGAUAGGAACUCGAAAUUGGUUUCUAUCAUUCCUGGACUCCAGAGAUUGGGAAGAGAAGAAGGUGAAGAAAUCAAAGAUCAUGAAAUCUCAAGGCCAUAUCUCUCAGAAGCAUGGGGCAGUUUGGACAGGAUGAGGGUGAGCAGUCCAUGGAUACAUUCAAGAAUUCAAUCUUUCCAUGACGAAGUAGACAUGAAAAAUCAUCUCAAAAUUUGGGCUCAUGGCGUUGCAUCAACUGUAAGAUCAGGAAGAUGA